UGAGAAACACACCUCAAAGGAUGGGGCCCACGAGAAGAAAAAGAAAAAGAAAAAGAAGGUCAUCGUGAGAUAAAGGCCAGAAAGGGAGAAAGAGCACUUCGCCCAAUGAAUAGAGAGGAGGAGGAGCAGAAGAAGGGGCAAGAGGAGGAAGAGGAGCAGAAGAAGAAAGGAGGAGGAGCGACUCCAAAUCCUCGCCUUAGACGCCUCGCCAAGCCAAAUUUACUUUAAUUCGCAAUGUUUGGGUUCCCAAGUUAGCAGCUAUCGAUAGUAAAAUAGUGCUAUUGAUCAAGACUUUUGGGAGUUGGAUUUUGGGUAUGGUUUAAGGCUGUGUCCUUCAAUAGGAAAGAUGGCCAUGACAUUCUCCUAUUCUUGUAGGAUUUUGAGGUGUGACAGCAUGUCCCUCACAUUUUUCAUGGAUACACUACAAUUCUGAUAUCCUCUCCAUUCUCUAUCUAGAUAUUGAAAUUCCAGCAAGAAUUCACGUUGAUUUUACAAUUUAACUUGCCCAUGGCCAACGAUGGAGGAGGUCAUCAAGUAGCCACCCAACGUGAGAUCGAGCUCAUGAGGCAGCAGUUAUUACCUUCCAUGUCAAAAGAUAUUGAGGCAGUAUUGAAAUUGUUGAAUGAAUCAGCAGGUGAAAGUAGUUGUAGCAUCUUCAGAGUCCCUCAGGCACUCGUCGGAGGAAUUGCCGAGGCAUGCCUGCCUCGCAUCGUCUCUAUUGGCCCGUACCACCAUGGAGAAUCGCUGCAAAUGUUUCAGGUGCACAAGUGGAGAUACCUCCACACUAUGCUGGAAAGAACUCAACCGCACGGUAUCCGCCUCGAAAACCUCAUUGAUGUCGUGGCACCGAAAGAGAAAAUUAUCCGCCAGUGCUACUCGGAGAGCAUUGAGAAUUUCAAUGGACCUGAUCUUGUGAAAAUGAUGGUUCUCGAUGGAUGCUUCAUCAUUGAAUUCCUCCGUCAAAUUGCAGGAUAUGUACCGCCCGACAGAAUCCUAUUAAUCAAUUCCAAUUCAUUCGUGUUACUUUCUCUUGGACGGGACCUUUUACGACUUGAGAACCAGAUCCCGUACUUUGUUCUCGAGGAUUUGUUUGAAAUGACGAAUGUUUCAGGAAGAACCUCGUCUUUGGACAAUCUUGCCUUUCGUUUCUUUAGCUGCUUCCUAGAAGGACCUGCUAUUGUCAGGGAAAGACCAAAAGGAGUGCAUCUACUCGAUUUAUUUCGUCUGAGUUUAAUACCCACAGAUCAACAAGAUAAUGCAGUAGACGAGAGUUCAUCUUAUCAAAUGAUCAAAUCUGCUUCCGAGUUCCGUCGAUUGGGAAUCGGAUUCAAGCGAAGUGAAGCCAGCACCUUUCUGGAGAUCAUAUUUGACAGUAGACACAGAACCAUUGGAAUUCCAAAAAUAAAAAUAGAUCAUGAUCUCAAUUGCAUCCUCCCCAAUAUGGUUGCUUUUGAACAGUGUCGUGGCCAAGUGGACGGGCACAUAACUGCCUAUGCCAUGUUCAUGGGAUGCCUCAUUCACACGGCCAAUGAUGUACAACUUUUACGCAACCAUAAAGUCAUCUCGAAUCACGGCAUGAGCAAUGAGGAUGUUGCACGCUUCUUCGGUGACCUCUGCAAGGAUGUUUAUUUCGAUGUUAAGGGGAGUUAUCUAGCGUCGCAUUUUGCAAUUUUAAAUGAGUAUCUUAAGUAUGAACGGGCUUAUUUUUGCUGUGCACAGCUCCUAAAUGCUUUUCAUGACAACCCAUGGUCAGCUCUUUCAGGUCUAGCUGUUGUAGUGACACUUGUAGGCCUGAUUCAAACAGUGUACACUGUGCUGCAGUACUAUCACCCAAAUUAGCAGCAAGCAUCUAGAAACUGCAUCUCCAUAUUGAUUUCAU